AUGGACUGAUAUGAUGAGCCAAAAGCUAGAAGGCCAUCCAAGAUGGCUGGCCGAAACAACGAAGAAUGGCGGACUUUCUUGAACGGUUCUGGGCAAGAUUACGAACCGAAUCUUAACAGAACAGCAAAUAUGGAUGACAAUAUAGAUGAUAUCAAUGAUAUUUUUUCAUACAUUUACCAAGAUGAGGGUAACCAGGAAAAUGGACCCUAUGCCAACAUCAAAACAGAACAACUCACACCUCCCUACACUCCACCUGAUUUGAUGGAAGGAAUCAAUGAUGAUCCUGUCAAUGAUAGCUUGGAUGGCCUCCUGAAAYUGGASGCCAUGGAAGGGUUUUCAUCACCUCAAGAUGAUUGCUUCCUGGAGCAAAACCCAGUAGUAACCAGCUCAGAAGCUGUGUCUGGACAGUUCUUACAGACCUUGUUGACACAACAGAGUGUUAAUAAUACACAAAUAMAACAACCAAGUAUUACUAGUCAACCACGACAACAGCAAAAUGUUACAGAUUCUACUUCUCUGCUUGAGAUUCUUCAAAGACCUAAAAUGUCUCCUGUGACAGGAAGUGUUACUAGUCAACCGAUUGUCACCUCUCUUCCUCAAGAUAAUCAGCAGCAACCGGCAUUGAACAGCAAUCAGCUUCAACUAUUAAAAAUGCUUUUGAAAUACCAAGACAAGCAGAAGCAAGAGCUUCUACAGCAGCAGCAAUUUCAAACUCAAACACUUGCCAAUCAGAAGAAACAACUUGAGCAGCUACUAAGCUCUUUUGUAGCACCAACAUUAACACAACCUCAAGUACAGACACAGCUUCAAGUACCAGCCCAGCCUCAAGUGCAGACACAGGCCCAAGUACAGCCAUCUUCCUCUGUACCAUCUCAGGUUGCUAUAACCAGUCCUGUUCAAAUGCAGUCCCAAGCUCUUACUAGGUCUGUUCCAACACCACCAGCAGUAACCACAUCAGGUUUUCCAUCAAUGCCAUCACCAAGUUCAACAUGCUCAGUUGGAAGCCCAGUGUCUGCUGAUAUUCAACAAAUGUCUCCCCAAGCAAUGUCAUCAUCAGGGUCUUGUGUUUCUUCAAACCCAAGCUCUCCUCAGCAGCCCCUGUCUCCUCAGUCUCCUCCUCAGACAAGUGCACCACAGCAAACAUAUCAACAGGUUUUCCAUAUGCCUCAGUUGGUACAAGCUAAUGGUAGCCAGGUGAUUACUAUUCCUGUGGUACUUGAUAAGAUACCAAUUAGUAAAUUAGCUCCUGGGAAGCAAGAAGGAAAUGGAAAGCCUAUCACUCGCACUAACCACAAUGCUAUAGAGAAACGCUACAGAAACAGCAUCAAUGAAAAGAUUCAAGAAAUGAAGGAUUUGGUUUGUGGGACAGAAACCAAGAUGCACAAGGCAGGGAUACUGAAGAAAGCUCUUGACUACAUAAAAUAUCUUCAGAAAGAAAAUAUUCGUUUAAAAGAUGAGAAUAUGUCACUGAAGAUGGCACAACAAAAGCAAAACACCAUCUCUGAAAUGAUGAAGAAGCAGGAAGAACAUCAAGAAAAGACAUCCCAGUCACAUGACACCACAAUGCCAAACAAAAACCAACAGCCAAGUACAACACCUAUGCCUCCCAAGUCUGUCAAGAUUGAGAAUCUUCCUUUCAGCAGUUGCGGCAUGCUGGACAAAACUCGCAUUGCUUUGUGCACAUUCCUGUUUGCAUUUCUUCUUGUSAGCCCUCUGAAUUACGUGUUGCCRAACCUUUCACCAAAUUUGCCACUUUCUGGUGGAGCAGAUUAUCAGUCUACUCAUACUGGGAGCAGAACCCUCAACUCUCUCAGCACGUCUUAUGAUCCAUCAGUAGUCAUAACAUGGGCAGUUUUAUUCUCUUUAAAAUGGAUUGUUAACGUCAUUCUCAUCAUUGCCGUCCUCGUGCACAUYUUUAUCUUUGGGGAGCCUGUUACAAGGCCUCAUUCUGAAAGGGCWGUGCUGUUUUGUAGGCAUAAAAACCAGGCUAACAUCGACUUGGCAAGGGGAGAUCAUAUAUCAGCUGCCAGAAAUCUCGAGAUUUGCCUUCGUAUCCUGGGACGGCCGGUGCCCACAUCUAAACUCGAUGUAUUUUGUGGGUUUGUGUGGCACCUGCUCCGUCAUGUUCUUCAUCGCCUGGGAAUAGGUACAUGGCUGGCAUCAACAGGGUGUGGGGUCUUAUUUCGGAAGGCCAAUGAGAACAUAACAAAGAAUUAUGACAAGAUAAAUGCACGUGAUGCAGCGCUUGUCUGCCAUAAGUUACAUCAACUAAGUCUUACUGGGCAUGUACCAAGGGGCUACUGGCGUUCAUCAGUGCUGGGUCUGUCUGCCAUCAAUCUAGCAGAGGCAGCUGGGGACUUUGUUAGUUCUGAGAUGAAAUCACAGAUAUAYGUGACAGCUGCCAUUCAGAUAAGAGCCAGUCUUCCUGAAGGAUUGCACUUUGCUGCACGUUAUUUUCUGGCUUGUGCACGAAAUACAUGUGCUGGUGCUACUAUUCCCCAGCCAUUGCAGUGGUUAUUCCAGCCACAAGGACACAGGUUUUUUGUCAGUAGCGAUUGGUCAUGUGAUGGAGGGGAUUCUAUGUGGGCCACAGUGGCUAAUGAAGCUGAUCCUAUUGCACAUGUGAGCAAAGCGUUUCGUGAACGCCUUCUGAAAGAAGCCCUCUCCGCCAUUGUGCUUCCAAAGGACAAGUCYAGUGACAAGAAAGUCACUCAGAAUGUCAAAGACAGCUGGGUGGAUGCAUUAGCUUACCUGGACAUCAUGAAUGUCUGCGCAGAGGCAACAGAGGAACCAAAAGAAGGAGGAACGUAUGUUCUUGGGAGCAGUAACCUUCCUAUUCACAGUAGAGACGAUGUAGGGAAGUGGUGGGCUGCAGUAGGGAUGGUAGCUGUKCACUGGCUGCGUGGAGAUGAAGAAGCUGCUGAGAGACURUACAGUACUGUUGGUAGUGUUCCAAAGUCCUUGUGGAAUGCAGAAGAUCCAUUGGCCAAGGCAAUUUUGAGAUCAUUCAAAGCCAGAAAASAGAUCUUCAGUAUCAAGAAAGUACCCAAAGAAACUCUAGACGAAUGCCUUGACCUGUGUGAUAAAGCAGGGUAUAAACUAAGAGAGAGCAUCAGUGUAGCAUCAUACAGAAGCACUGAUAAGCUCCACAAACUCGCUCAGCUAUUAUGUUGUGACUGGCUUCUAGCCACACGCACAGACAUCUGGCAAAAGACAUGUGGACAACAUGAACAGUUUCCAAGUCCUGUUGACCCCGUGGAGUUGUUAGCMUUCCAACAUGACUGGGAAAGUUUACAGAAGGUUACUAAUGAUGUUCCGGCUGCACUGCCCAGGCUCUACCUCUAUGAGGCUGUGUCAAGACUGAUGGCUGGAGCAAAUCCUACCCAGACACAACAACUGCUGGAACGUAGUUCACUAAGGCAGCGUUUUGCCAUGAAUGGUCCCGGCUCGGACAUUGAAACAUCAAAAUUAAAGGMUGUUGAUAACUUGGAAUGUGUGACWAGCGAACAUGAACGAGCCACAGCGCUGAUGUUGGCCUGCCGUCACCUCCCAGAGCCUUUUUUAUCWGCCCCAGGCCAGCGUAAAGGCAUGCUCGUAGAAGCAGCCAGCUCWCUGGAGGGCAUGGGCGAUAAACGCACACUUCAGGACUGUCAACAGCUAUUACUGCAGUUAGGUACAAUGACAGACUCRUAGCACUGGGGAAUUCCUUAUUACAGGAAUAUAGAAUUAUAAAUAGACUAUUUGCAGGAGGAGCCGACGGGGUCUGUYCUUCUAAAUAACUUUUCUUGUACGAUUUUUUUCCUGGAAAGGGAUUUUGAGCUACAUUGUU